AUUCCAGUCCCUGAAUGGUGUGAAGUAAAAGUGCUUUCAAAGGAUCCCGCAAGAAUGGCACUGGUGGACAUAAUGGGUCUAUUUCAUCGUCAAAGGACCCAAGGAGUCGAAAGGAAAUUCUAACUACAACACCAAAAUGCCACAAAACCAUAGUUAUUAAUGCAAACUAACUAGCAUCCCUGCCUAUCUGUCACCAUCUCAUCUUAAAAAACUUGUGAAAAAUACGUAAUCCUGAUGAGACUUCAAUCGGGUAUAAAUACCAGCAGCUAAAGGAGAUGCGGCACAUUGUUCUGAUCAUCGGCAGAUCAGCUAUUAGGAAAGAAAAAAUCAGCCAAGUCCUUUGGCCCUGAUCAACUUUACACAGGAGCUACUAAUUUCAGCGACUUUGGCCUAACUCUCUCUGAAACAAUGAAUUUUACAAGUUAUAUCUUAGCUUUUCAGCUUUGCAUCAUUUUGGGUUCUUCUAGCUGCUACUGCCAGGCUACUUUUUUGAAAGAGAUACAGAACCUAAAGGAAUAUCUUAAUGCAACUGAUUCAGAUGUAGCGGAUGGUGGGCCUCUUUUCAUAGAUAUUUUGAAGAACUGGAAAGAGGACAGUGACAAAAAAAUAAUUCAGAGCCAGAUCGUUUCCUUUUACCUCAAAAUCUUUGACAACUUGAAAGACAACCAGGUCAUCCAAGAGAGCGUGAAGACCCUUGAGGAAGACCUCUUUGUUAAGUUCUUCAAUAGCAGCUCCAGCAAACGGGAUGACUUCCUAAAAGUGAUGCAAACUCCGGUAAAUGACCGGAACAUCCAGCGCAAAGCCAUAAGUGAGCUCGCCAAGGUGAUGAAUGACCUGUCACACAGACCUACCGGGUCAAAACGAAAAAGGAGACAGUAUUCGUUUCGAGGCCGGAGAGCAUCAGAAUAAUGGUCAUCCUGCCUACAAUAUUUGAAUUUUUAAAUCUAAAUCUAUUUAUUAAUAUUUAAUAUUUUACAUUAUUUAUAUGGGGAAUAUGUUUUUAGACUGAAUCAAAGAUGUAUUUAUAAUGACAACUUUUAUGUAAUGAAAAUUAAUAUCUAUUAAUAUAUAUAUUAUUUAUAAUUCCUGUAUCCUGUGACUAUUUCACCUGACCCUUUUUAUCUGACUAACUAGGCAAGACUAUGUGAUUGUAAGGUUUUUAUCUUAGGGGCCAGCUAGGUAGCUGGUUUGAGCAAGGCAUUGUGGGUUGUACAUUUAUUUCAAUUGAUGAUACAAUGAGUGUUUACAAAUGGUACCAUCCAGCUGCUGCCUGUUUAGAACAUGUCUGCAUGCUAAGCCUUUAAUAGUAUAUCAGAUAGCGCUUGAAUGUGUCAGGUGAUAUGACCUGUCGUCCCCUGAUAAAAACAUAGAAUCUCAUGUGAUUUCAUGCCUGGUGCUUCAGAAUAUUGUUGACAACUGUGCCUCCCAAUGAAAAGUAACUCAUUUAUUUAAUAUAUAUGAAUAAAGUAUAAUUUUGCAACUAUUUAUGCUGUAUCAGACUUUUUCUAAGUGAAGGCUGGGGGGAAUGAAAUAUAUAAUGAAUUAGUAGGAGGAAUGUCAUUUUUCCCCACGGAAAUUUUAAAAGUGGACCCCUAAAUCCACCCCCACAAAUAAACCCACGGCCAUUUAAUUGAUUCCAACUCAUAGAGACCCCAGAGGGUUUCCAAGGCUGUAAAUCUCUGAGGAAGCUGACUGCCACAUCUUUCUUCCUCAGACCCACUGGUGUUUUUGAACCACCAGUCUUCCGGUUAGCAGUCAAUGACUUUAACUAUUGUACCACCAGGGCUCCUUAAAAUUAGAUUAAACCCAACCCAGAAAAUUAGAUUAAGCCCCAUUAAAAGCAGUGCUUCUUUCCAUUGACAAUUUUGGGGGCUUUCACUACUUUACUUGGCAGCUGUUUGAAUUAUCUUUCCAUGCUUAUCUUGGCACAUAAGGCUUCAUUUCUAACCUCUCCCCAGUCCCUGCCCUACCCCUCUUCUUGCCCUUACCCUCCCCCACUCCCACCCUGAGCAAACAGCCUUAGGUAUGGGAUGUUCAGCGUGAGAUCUAUAUAGAAAGGACUAAUUUGGAAUCAGGGUUCUGUCAUUACAAGAAGCAUGAUCUUUAAUGAAUUAUUUAUGUUCUCUAAGCUUCUUUGUCUGAAAAAGAAUAACUAUGCCUUCCUCAUUAUGUUAUGGAAGCAGUUCAUUCUCUUACUCAAGAAAUGUGCCUGGUGCUGUUCCAGGUGCUGAAGAUACCUUAGUAAACAAAAUAGGCAAGGAUCUCUGGCCUUGUGGAGUUUAAAAUUUAGCAAGAAGGAGAUAGGCAAUAAACAUAAUAAGUCAGUAAAUUGCAUGGUAUGUUAGAUGGUGAAAAGUCCUAUGGAAAAAAAAGUAAAAGUAGACAGGAUGGGAGAAUUGGGAAUACUAUAAGUGAGGUGGGGUGGGAGGGUUAGAGGUUUAAAUAGGAGGGCUAUAGAUGGUUUCAUUGAAGAGGCGAUACUUGAGGAAGCACUUGGAAGAGGUAAGGGAGGUAGCCAUUUGGAUUCCAGGGAUUAGGAUGUGGACAUUUCUGGGGGGCCAUUAUUCAGCCUACUACAGGGAAUAAUGAAAAGCAAAGAUGUCACCUUGAAGACUAAGGCACACCUGACCAAGCCAUGGUGUUUUCAUUUGCCUCACAUGCUUAUGAAAGCUGGACAAUGAAUAAGGAAGACCGAAGAAGAAUUGACGCCUCUGAAUUGUGGCCCUGGAGAAGAAUAAUAUUCACGGUAUAUUCAUACCAUGGACUGCCAAAAGAAUGAACAAAUCUAUCUUGAUAGAAGUACAGCCAGAACGCUCCUUAGAAGCAAGGAUGGUGAGACUUCGUCUAACAUACUUUGGAAGUUUAUCAGGAGGGACUGAUCCCUGGUGAAGGACAUCAUGCUUGGUAAAGUAGUGGGUCAGUGAAAAAGAGGAAGACCCUCAAUGAGAUGAAUUGACACAGUGGCUGCAAAGAUGGGCUCAAGCAUAAUGAUGAUUGUGAGGAUGGCGCAGGACUGGGCAGCGUUCCAUUCUGUUGUACACAGGGUCGCUAUGAAUUGGAACUGACUCAAUGGCACCCAGCAACAACAGGGAGGCAGCCCAGUUUGGUAAGUCAGAACUUCAGCCGCCGAGGAGGGCACCCAUGUAGAAGAACGGCCUGUAGUGGAGUGGGGUGUGAGAGUUCACGCAGGAUAAGAAGGAUGUCCAUGGAAUGGGCCCAGUGUGGGGGGUCAGAGCCUGAGUGAGGCAAGGAGGCGUUCACAUGGGGGAAGGUUGAUUAAUUAAGUAGAUAUAUUAAGAAUAAAGGGAACCAAGUUUCUUACUGUUGGAGAAGGAAGUCACAAUUAUAGAAAGAGAAAAUUAGAAUAAACUCUAUGAUAUUGAAUGGGAAUUGGAUGUAUCAGUAUAAACCUAUGAUGUGUAUAUCGAUAUAUUGUAUAAAUACUUGUAGAUAUACAUACAUAGACAUAUACAUAUAUAGCAAAAAACAAAGUGAGAGAGAAAUAAAUAAUAAGUGUAGAUAUAUGUCUGUUUGUAUGUAUAUCCCCUAGCUCUGUUCAUUGACAGGGUCUGGAAGAAACAACACCAAAGUGACUUUGAGAAUAUCUACUAUCCAGAUAGAUCUUGGCUUCUUAAUACCAUUCUCUGCUAAGAGAAACCAGGGUGCCUUGGAGAGUUGGUAUUUCCAGGGCUGAAGUAGGGAAAGUACAAGAUGAGUCCUAUCGUACUAGAAAGCCAGAAGUGCUCAGAGAAUGAUGGAGGCAUGUUGAAAGGCACAGAAGCUAUCUUGAUGGGGCUCCCAGUGGCCAAAUCUGGAACAAUUUGAACAUCAAAAUAAAUAGUGAUAGUAAUGUGUUUUAAACAAUCGAAUAAAAUAAGAAACCAUUUAUAUCAGGUAGAUACUGAUCUAAAUGAGUAAAUGAAGGAAUGGAUAUUUAUAUAAUUUCAAGAUACCUCUCUACAAAAUAUUAAUCACAAAUGGGAAAAGAGUAAUUUUGUAGGAGAAGCCUAGCAGACGUCAUCCUUAUAACGAACAUAUAAAUAAACAUCACUAGCAAUGGAAUAAAUAAAAAUUAUAUGCUCCCGGUAAGAUACAAUUAAAUGAAUACAGAAUCCUUUCUGUGAUAUCUCUGCCAAAGAUACAAAUUUAAUUAUGAGAAAAUAUCAUAUGACCCCAAUCUGAGGGGCAUUAAAAAAAAAAAGCAACUAGUCUGCAGUCUUUAAAAGUAUCAAGGUUAUACAUGUCAAGCCAAAAAACCAAACCAAACCUGUUGCUAUUGAGCCAAUUCUGAAUCACGGUAAUCCUGUAGGACAGACUAGAACUGCCCCAUAGAGUUUCCAAGGAGAGCCUGGUGGAUUCGAACUGCUGACUUGUAGGUCAGCAGCUGUAGCACUUAACCACUAUGCCACCAGAGUUUCCAUGUACAUCAAGGAAAAAGUAAAAAUUGAAGAACAGUUCUUAUUGAAAUAGAUAGUAGAGACUUGACAUUUAAACACAAUAUGAGAUUCUAAAAUGAAUCCAUUUGCUCUAAAAAGCACCUUUAGGACAAUUGAUAAAACUUGAAUGGCAACUGAGGAUUGUUGUUAGGUGCCAUCGAGUUGGUUCCAACUCAUAGUGACCGUAUUAUGUACAACAGAACAAAACACUGCCCAGUCCUGUGCCAUCCUCACAAUCAUUAUGCUUGAGUUCGUUGUUGCAGCCACCAUGUCAAUCUAUCUUCUUGAGGGUCUUCCUCUUUUUCACUGGCCCUCUACUUUACCAAACGAGAUGUCCUUCUCUAGGGGCUGAUCCCUCCUGAUAACACGUCCAAAGUAAGUGGGACGAAGUCUCGCCAUCCUUGCUCCUAAGAAGCAUUCCGACUGUACUUCUUCCUAGACACUUUUGUUCAUUCUUUUGGCAGUCCAUGGUAUAUUCAAUAUUCUCUGCCAACACCACAAUUCAAACGCAUCAGUUCCUCUGUGGUCUUCUCAAGCUGCCUUUCGAAAUCUUCUAUGCAGCUCUUUUAUUUCAUCAUUUCUUCCUUUCGUUCCAGAGCAAGUUUCAGAGUCUCUUCUGACAUCCAUUUUUGCCUUUUCUUUUUUUCCUGUCUUUUUAAUGACCUCUUGCUUUCUGCCUGUAUGAUAUCCUUGAUGUCAUUCCACAGCUCGUCUGGUCUUUGGUCAUUAAUGUUCAACAUGUCCAAUCUGUUCUUGAGAUGGUCUCUAAAUUCAGGUGGAAUUUGCUCAGGGUUGUACUUUGGCUCUCUUGGACUUGUUCUAAUUUUCUUCGGUUUCCAACUUCAACUUGAAUCUGAGGAUUAGAUGGUAGUAAUAUGUUAAUAGGAGCCCUGGUGGUGAAGUGGUUAAGACUGCAGCUGCUAAUCAAAAGGUCAGCAGUUUGAAACCACCAGCUGCUCCUUGGAAACCCUAUGGGGCAGUUUUACUGUUUUUUUAUGGUGCUGCUAUGAGUUGGAAUUGACGCAAAGGCAAUAGGUUUAAUAGGUAAAUUUCCUGAUUUUGAUAGUUAUACCAUGGUUAUGCAGCACACAUUAACUUGUGUGUUGGAGUCCCUGGAUGGUACAAAAUGUUAACAUGUUUGGCUGCUAACCAAAAUGUUGGAGGUUCAAGUCCACCCAGAGAUGCCUCAGAAGAAAGGCCUAGUAAUCUACUUAAAAAAAAAUCAGCCAUUGAAAACCCUGUGGAGCACAGUCCUACUCUGACACACAUGGGGUUGCCAUGAGUUGGAGUCUAUUUCACAGCAACUGGUUUUAGUAAAUGCGUAUGAGAGUAUUCAAGAGUAACGGGGAACCAGGUCAGCAACUUACUGUCAACUGAGUCAGGGAAAAAAAGUUGUUCCAACUCUUCUGUAAGUUUGUGAUUGUUUCACAAUAAAAAUAUAUAAAAAGUCACUGUGAGAUUAUUUCAGAGUCACAGGCUAGUGAGGCCUAAAAGGCUCUGGUUACUUUAUUCCAAUCAUACUACUUAGAAUUUUCCAUAUAUACCUGUGUCACACUGAAUUUUCCCAGUAUCACCACCUAUAUGUUUAGCCCAUCCCAGUGCUCUUCUUACAAUGUGACUGACACUCCUCCUACUGAUAGGCAAUGUCUACAUCCCUUCCCUUAAUACUGGACAGGGACUUGGGACUGUCCCUACCAAUGGAGUGCAAUGGACAUGAUGUUAUGUGAUUUCUAAGUCUAGGGUUCAGCUUCUGCCUGACUUUUACUGUGUUAAUACACUUGCCCAUGGAACCCACCAUCAUGUGUGAAGUUCAGACUGCAUGGGGAAGCCAUGUUUGAAUAUUCUGGCCAAUAGUCCCAGCAAGGCUCCCAGCCAACACCAGCAUCAACUACUAGACAUGUGAGUAAGUAUGCCUUUGGAUGAUCCCAGCUUCAAGCAUUGAGUCUUCCAGAUGAGGCCUCAGACAACAAACUGCUUGUGAUAAAAAAAAGAAAAAAAAAUCAUUCCUGACUUCCAGUUUUAGCUCUGACAUGUAAAGAGGUUGGAAGUUGCCACUCUAAUCCUUAAAACUAGAAAAAGCUGAACAAAUUGGAAAUCAACGACUUUUCUUCAAUCUACCAGAAAGCUCAGUUUGUAAGAGAAACAAUCACUUUGAAAUCUGGAAAGACAGGCAAAUCUGAAAGAAGCCAUGGUGGCAUGAUGGUUA